AUGGAAGGAGGUGCUCAUACCGAGAAAGUAUUAUCUAACAAGCUUACCAAAGGCUCUUUGGUCAUGGUUAAUGAAAAGCCUUGCAAGGUUAUCAAGACAUCAAAGGCCAAGCCAGGAAAGCAUGGAUCCGCCAAGAUCAUUCUUGUUGCCAUUGGAAUCCUUGAUGACAAGAAGGUUGAGCAAUCUUUCGCCUCCGGAGAACUUUUGGAUGCUCCUAUUGUAGAUAGAACUGAAUAUCCACUCUUAGGUCUCGAAGAUGACUUCAUGGUCCUCCAAGACGAAUCUGGUGAGGAAAAGAGAGAUGUCAAGUUGACAGACAGAGAAUCCUUGAAGGAAGUCAGAGAGCAGAUUCUCAAAUUCGAGGAAGACGAAGUUCCUUGUCUCGUCAUGGUCAUGAAAUGCUGUGGAGAAGAAGUGCCAGUCGGUGUUAGAGAAGACAAGGAUGAUGAAUAAUAA